AUGUCGGAGGAAACCACUAAACCAGCUGAAAAUGCCAAAGCUUCAACUGAAAAGACUGAACAAGUCCCAGUUAUUUUAGGUGAAGAUGGCCAGCCAUUAUCCAAGAAAGCAAUGAAGAAGUAUUUGAAAGAACAAGAAAAAUUGAAGAAGAAAGCUGAACGUGCUGCGCAAUUGGAAAAGGAAAAGUUGGAACGUGAAAAGGCGAACCAACUAUCCGAUACAGCCUCUUCUCACUACGGCAAGUUGCCUUUAAUCCAAAGUGCCACUCGUACAAACGAAAAGAGAAUUAAGUUCAAUGGAUUGAAUAGUGAAACUGAUGCUGGCAAAGAAGUCUGUUUCAGAGCUCGUGUCCAUAACACUAGACAACAAGGUGCCACUUUAACCUUUUUGACUUUCAGACAACAGUCUGAAUUGAUUCAAGGUCUAGUCAAAAUCAACAAAGAGGAUGGUUCUGUAUCCAAGCAAAUGGUUAAAUGGUGUGGUUCCUUGAAUUUAGAAAGCAUCGUGUUUGUUCGUGGUAUUGUUACGAAAGUCGACGAAUUGAUCAAGAGUGCCACCAUUCAAGAUUUAGAGAUCCAUGUCAAAGAAAUUUUCACAAUCUCUGAGACACCAGAGACCUUGCCAAUUCUUUUGGAAGAUGCCUCUCGUUCUGAAAAGGAGGCGGAGGAUGCUGGUUUACCAGUUGUCAACUUGGAUACCAGAUUGGAUGCUCGUGUCAUUGAUCUAAGAACCGUGACCAACCAAGCGAUCUUCAAGAUCCAAAGCGGUGUUUGUUCGUUGUUCAGGGAGUUUUUGUUGCAAAAAAACUUCACAGAGAUCCAUACACCAAAAUUGUUGGGUGCUGCAUCUGAAGGUGGUGCCAAUGUCUUUGAAGUGACCUAUUUCAAAAACAAAGCCUAUUUGGCACAAUCCCCACAAUUUUACAAGCAACAAUUGAUGGUUGCUGAUUUUGAAAGAGUCUUUGAAAUCGGUCCAGUUUUCCGUGCUGAGAACUCGAAUACACACCGUCAUUUGACUGAGUUUACAGGUCUUGAUUUAGAGAUGACUUUUGAGGAACACUACCAUGAAGUGUUGGACGUGCUAAGCGAGUUAUGUUUGUUUAUUUUCAAAGAAUUGAAGAAUAGAUUCGGCAAGGAGAUCGAAUUGGUCCGUAAACAGUUUCCUAUGGAGGAAUUCAAACUUCCAGAGAACGGUAAAGUGGUCAAGCUUACAUACAAGGAAGGUGUAGCCAUGUUGAGAGAGGCAGGCAAAGAGAUCGGGGAUUUCGAAGAUUUAUCCACAGAAAACGAAAAGUUACUUGGUAAGUUAGUGCGUGAGAAGUAUGACACAGAUUUCUAUAUCUUGGACAAGUUCCCAUUGGCUGUCAGACCAUUCUACACGAUGCCAGACGCGGAAGAUGCUAACUAUUCUAAUUCGUACGAUUUCUUUAUGAGAGGAGAGGAGAUUUUAUCCGGUGCUCAACGUAUCCACGAUCCUGAACUAUUGAAGGAAAGAAUGAAAGCACAUGGGUUGUCCCCAGAAGAUCCUGGGUUGAAGGAUUAUGUUGAAUCAUUUACAUACGGAUGUGCACCACAUGGAGGUGCUGGUUUCGGUUUAGAGAGAAUUGUUAUGUUUUUCUUGGAUUUGAAAAAUAUCAGACGUUCCUCGCUAUUCCCAAGAGAUCCAAAGAGAUUAAGACCAUGA